CCGGCCUAGAUCAAUGAUGCAUACAGGAAGUAAACAAGGGGCUACCGUUAGUUCAGUCAAGUGUCUGUAACUGUCGCUCACGAGCUUUAGCCACCACUUAACAGUUACGUUUAACAAAAAUGUCGCGGUUGUUUUUGCUAAACCGCAUGUGUGCUGCCCCGUGGCCUCUGUUUUCACCGCGAGAGUCUCUGGUGAAGCUACGACUGCGGGUGAAGCAGCAACAACAGCAACAACGGCGGAGUGUUUACAUUCCGCGUCCGAGUCCAAACGGAUAUAAAUACAGAGCGAGGUGCCAGCUAUGGAUGUGUGGCGUCGGUUUGGGGGUCGCUUUAGCUGUGGGACUGAAAUACAGCUGGUGUGAUGAUGAAGCUGCAGGAGCAGAGAGGACUGAUCGAUACAGCGCUGCUGCCAGAAAGAGCAGAGACUUGCUGGAGCGGAUAAAGGUAGGCUCAGAGGCUGAGGUCGCAGCUCCUGGGAUGGUGGUUGGAGUCUCUGUGGAUGGUGCUCAGGUCUGGUGUGAAGGGAUCGGUUUUGCUGAUUUGGAGAAUCGUGUGCCGUGCAGCCCCGAGACAGUAAUGCGAAUUGCCAGCAUCAGUAAACCCCUCACAGCUGCAGCUGCUGCUCGACUAUGUGAGGAAGGGAAACUGGAUCUGGAUGUUCCAGUCCAGAAAUAUGUCCCAGAAUUUCCCCAAAAACAGUUCGAUGGACAAGAUGUCACUAUAACCCCUCGUAUGAUUCUUUCCCACCUGAGUGGUAUACGACAUUACGAGAAGGAUGCCAAAAAAGUGAGAGAGGACAAGGAGAAAGCGAAGAGACUGUUAAAGCCACCAGCUAAAAAGAAAGAGGCUGAAAAGAGCUUAUCUGAAAACAAAGAUAAACCUACAACAGAACAGGACUCUAAAAACAAAGAGGCCACUCCGGCUCAGAAGAAGAAAGAGUUUGAGCAUGAGGAGUACUACCUGAAGGACAACUUUGAAAGUGUUACUCAGGCCUUGGACCUCUUCAAGGACGACCCCCUCAUUUAUAAACCUGGCACCACUUUUUUGUACUCCACCCACGCCUUUACCCUGCUUAGUGCUGCUGUGGAGCGAGCUGCUGGCCAGUGCUUCCUGGAUGUCAUGAUGAACAUGUUUCGGGAACUGGGAAUGCUCCAUACUGUGCCUGAUGAGAAUGACCCCAUCAUUUAUCACCGCUCCAGAUAUUAUCAUUUCAACAAGAGAGGUCGUGUUGUUAACUGCCCAUAUGUGGACAACUCCUACAAGUGGGCAGGAGGUGGCUUCCUUUCCACUGCGGGAGACCUGCUGCUGUUUGGUAAUGCUCUGCUUUACAGCUACCAGGUGGCGCACCUACAGGACUCUGAUGCCUUACUGCCAGGCUUCCUUCAACCCAAAACUGCCAUAGAUCUGUGGUCACCGGCUGACAAGACGGAGGCCAGCUGGGAUAAAGAUGGAUUGUAUGCUCAGGGCUGGCUGGUAGUGGAGAAACUGCAGAAAUAUGGUCAGUGCAGGAGGCGCAGACACUACGUAUCACACACAGGCGGCGCUGUAGGGGCCAGCAGUGUCCUCCUGGUGUUGCCCAGUGAGGAGACAGAGCAGUGCCAAGGACAAAGUUCUUACCUGCCACAGGGAGUGGUGGUCACUAUCAUCACUAACAUGCAGUCUGUGGGACUCAAUAGCACGGCACUGAAAAUUGCACAUGAGUUCGACAAAGCCAGAUGCCUCUAAAACAAAGUUUACAUUUUACCGAGAAGCAUUUUAGAUAGACCUUGUGUUCAGGUGUAAUUUUGAUAAAUGUGUCCAGAGGAGGUUUUAAGAAAUGUUAAAAAUCAUGUAUUUUAUAGCUAUUUUACAGAUUGCAAAGUAUAUUCAGUCUUUUUCAAAUCCAACCCAUGGCAGGGAGGUCAUUGUGCCACUAGGUGGAAGCAGUGCACUGCAUUUUAUACACAAAGAAACUGCCACUGACCUAUAUCAGUAGUAGUACCUUUAACCGCCAACAAUACAAUCCAGUACUUUUUUAAUAUAUGUAUUUCAUAGAAAUAAAAGUAUUUCAUACACAAUGGAACUAACGUAGUUUCUGUGCAAAGCAGCAGGAAAUGUGAGAGUCUCUCAUGAUGUCACAUGCAAUGAUCUUACCACCCUCCUCAGAUAUUUCCUCAUAGCAUCUUGACAUGCCUUUGGAAAAACCCUAUUGUCUACUGGCCAAAUAUUUUGGCUCUGUCAACUCAAGGUUGUUGUUUUUUUUCUCUUUUGAGAUCCCAUUUGUACCUCUGUAAAAACUGACUUCAGCCACAAGUACAACCCUGACUUUUCUUUGAAUUUAACAAACAUUAAAUGCCUAAAGGGAA